AUGUCGACCCGACAUCGGGAGUCGCCUAAGCAGCGUCACGCGCGACAAUCGUCUGUCCUGCCGAAGAGAGACCGGCUGCACGAGGGGACAGCAAUCGAGGUCGAGAGCGCACUGCAGCGUUACGAGAACGCGGUGCUGAAGUAUCAGAAGCCGAAGCUGCGGCCACCCAAACGACAGAUCAGUCGUGAGCGUCAGCAGCAGCAGCAGCAACAGCAACGACAACAACAAAGCAACAACUACUCGAGCAGCGACGAGAGCGUCGCGAGGAACAAGUCGAAGAGCACCAGCUCGAUCGACACACAGUCGGUGAACAAUAUCUUGGACGAGUACGAGGAUUUGGACUACCGUCGCUCGUCGGAUCUCAGCGACGUCGGCAGCAUCAACGUGACGAACUUCGAGGCGGUCAUGAUGGACCAACAGAAGCGACAGCAACAACAGCAGCAGGGGAAACCGAAGCUGCCCAGUGCCAAACCAGUUCCGACCAAGUCCAUCCCGACGAGAGAGCGGGUUCAACCGGUGCUGAAGGUGAACCAACAGACCCAGGUGAGACAACGUUCACGGGACCGACAGAAGGAGCCUGGUGGCAAAGGGUACCAGCGCGUCGCGCCCGAGACAGAAACGCGUCACGCACCCGUCGCGACGACGACGGACGUCGUUGAGAGCGGUCGCACGAAGAUGCCCGAGAUUCUACUACGCAAGGGCGAGGUUCAGAAACGAGUGGACGAGUGGUUGAACCAAGCGCACAGCCAGAACUUCCCGGUCGCCCGCGAGAAACCCUUAACGAGAUCCAACAGCAGUGCCGAGCAAAAGAGCCAACGCAGAUACCGACAAGACUCGAGGUCGAGGUCGAUCGACGAGGCGAGAGAGCGACUGAACGGCGCCUCGUCGAGCUACGACGACCUGAGCCGCAUGGAUCGCAAGGCUGCGGACAAAGGCAGGCUGGACAAGGUGAACGUCGGCGUGAACACGAGCAGGGCCGUUUACAAGGAGUACUUGGCCGUGAAGAACAAGGCCAGACACGAUUACGGCUUUGCCGCGUCGAACGCGUCGUCCUCGCGCUCGGGGGAUUCCAGCCCAGCCUCGAGGAUCCCGCAGAGGGGUGUCCUCGGCUCAAGUUUCCGCUCCAGACGCGUCGACGCGGCCGCCGACGAGAGGCUCGACGAGCGGAACAGCCGACCGGCGGCCGGCGGCAGGCUCCAGGGUGUCCGAGGCGCCUGCCGUUCCGACAAUGACAACAACGACGACGACGACGACGACGACGACGACGACCGCGUCUGUUAUUCCCUGCAGGAGGCCAUCGUUCAAACGGCCCGGGAACGGCGAGCAGAACGCGCUGGCGGCGCGUUUGCUCGUUAA